AAUGCCUUCUGUUGAAAACAAAACUUUGGAUAGUGUUAGCGAACAAAUGGCGGGUAUGGCAUUAACGUCAACAGAGCGUAAUAACAAACAACAAGUUGAAGACAGGGAGAGAGAUGGAUCUAAUAAUAGCGGGAAUGAUCAAGCAACAAACGACAAAACUGAAAAUAACGGUUAUGAUUCAAAAACAAUUGUUGAACAAAAUGAAAUUGUUGUUGAGGAUAGUGAUGAGCCGAAUGAUGAUGGGACUGAACAAAAAAAAAUUUUCUGUGGCGGAAUUAGCUAUGACACAACUGGGGAUGAUUUGGCUUCGCACUUCUCGCAGUUUGGUUCUAUUAAGGAAGCUCAAGUUAAAUACGAUCGGAUGACUGGACGCUCUCGCGGAUUUGCUUUUGUCGAAUUUGAAACGGUUGAUGGCUGUAGAGCUUCACUGACACUUCGUGAACAGACAAUUAAAGGAAAACAAUGUGAAAUCAAGCCUGCAAAAACGCGUGAAGUUGGAUAUAUGAACAAGAAAGUGUUUGUUGGUGGUUUGCCAAUUGAUUUUUCAGAGAAUGAGCUGCGCGAGCAUUUCCAACAAUAUGGACGUGUUGAAGAUGUUGAAUGGCCAUUGGACAAAGUUAGCAAGGCACGCAAGAGUUUUGCGUUUGUUGUUUUUGAAUCUGAAGAGGCUGCUGAAAAAGCUGCUGCUCAUCCUAAACAGAAUUUUGCUGAUCGAGAGUGUGACGUCAAAAAAGCUGUCCCACAGAGUCGUCGACCUCAUUUUGGAGGACUUGGAGGUAUUGGUAACUUUUCUCGUUCAACGGGUGGUGGACUUCUUUUGCGUGGAGGUUAUGGUGGUGGAGGUAUUAGAUGUGCUGCGAGUGGUGGUGGUGGUGGAAAUUCUGCUUAUUUGACUGGGGGAGGCGGUGGAGGCGAUUCUCAUCUUCACCAUCAACAACACCAUCAACCUCAACAUCAAAUGCAAUUGUAUUAUCCUCCGCAUCAAGCUGCUCAAACUUCGGCGGCUGCUUGGUAUCACCAGAUGAAUGCUACUGCUGCAUGGUUUUUUUAA